ACCUCUUUGGACGAAAGGCGAGGUAUGAGCAUCACGAGACCCGGUAGGUGGGUAAUGGGCUUCUUCUACGUUCUCCCGCGAGCUCUGAGAUAGCUCUAGGUAGCUAGCCAGAGCCAGAGUCAACUGGUAUCUAGCCUCUAGGUAUGCCCCCUAUCUCUACAUACUCGGGGAUCUCGGAUAUCGACAGACCAUGACUAUUCACGAGAACUGUAGCUCGAUGCAUCAUGUUUCGUUUAACAGAGACAGGGCAUAGGUAUGUGUCCACCCGUGGUUGACAGGGCCAGUAUGUACCCACAUACUUAACUACUCCUCACGAGUCAUAAGUGGACAUCAGCCGUGAGAAGAUGUCGACUGUAGUAAACCUUUUAUUGUUUUCUCCCGCGGUUCUGGGCGCACAUACUGUUGACCGUGUAGCCACAAGGGAGGUUAGAAUCCCGCUCGGCCAUUCCCCGAUCGUAGUAGCUGGAGCUGCGGACGGCCAUUCGCAGAAUCUCUCAGCAUAUGCAUACCGCAUCACUCGCAAUAUUCAUCCUGUUGUUUGUGUGGAAUCCCGAUACUGCCACACGACGGGCACGUGUAUACCGUAGCCGAGUACCUCUGUGUCGUGCAUCCGAGCAUAGACUUACACAUAGAGUACAUAGUCGUGUUGGUAGAUAAGUGAAAAUGUGCUACUAUAGAGCCAAUGAAUGCGGUGGAGACGUUUCAUAGAGG